AUGGACCGACCAUCGUCUCGUCAUCUCCAAGAUGCGGAUGCGCCAAAAGCCUCACAGGAGACCUCAAGGUAAGCGACCAGCAGGUAAGCUGAAUAUUGCCUUAUUGUCUUUGCCUGCUCACCAUCAUCAUUUCAGCAAUGAGCUGGCUCACCAGUUAGCCAACCUUUCGGUCGCCGCGGCCGCUGACGAGAACGCCUCCGUGGAGAACCGAUGGUGUCAACUGCGGGAUACAGUCCAGUCGAUGGCGUUUGCUGUUCUCGGUCACGCACGACGCAAACACCAGGACUGGUUCGAUGACAACGACGCCGCCAACAGCAACCUGCUCGCUGACAAGAAUCGACUGCACAAAGCCUACGUAAAUCGCCCCACCGAUGACAACAAGACAGCCUUCUACCAUAGUCGCCGUCUUGUGCAACAGUGGCUCCGAGAGAUGCAGGAGGCUUGGACGGCUCGCGAGGCCAAGGAGAUCCAAGGGUACGCGGACCGCAACGAAUGGAAGAAUUUCUUCUCCGCUAUCAAGGAUGUCUACGGCCCGCCAACAAAAGCAACUGCUCCUCUUCUCAGCGCCGAUGGCAGUACCUUGUCUGCAUGUAGCGCGCGUAGACAAGGCCACUAG